GCCAAAACUAAUUUGGCAAAAAUGAUGCAAACAAAUUUCUUUAACAUCAGUUUACUUCAAUACUGAUCUAACGAAAAACCUAAUUCUCUUGAUUAAAAACUUUAGUGCUCGCAGAUGGCUUUCGAGUUAUUAAUCCCUAAUAUGGAGCAGAAAAUAACCUCUUUUUUUCUCAUAUUCCUGGCAUGUACCAUAUUAAUCUGGUACCUCCAAAUGUUAUGGAAGAAAAGAAAAAUUUAUCAGGCUUCCCUAAGCUUACCAGGCCCUCUUGCCCUGCCAAUUAUAGGCUCAGCGUUGUAUUUUAUUGGAGCUAGGAAAUCUUAUGAUUUUUUUCAGAAACUAAAACAUCUGUUUAAUAGCUACCCAGGAAUUUUCAGAAUCUGGUUAGGUCCCCAAAUGUAUUACGCCGUUUCCGAACCAAAAUAUGUGGAUAUUAUUCUGACGAGUCCUGCGGCUUUACGUAAAGAUAAUUUAUACAGAUUUCUCGAACCUGUUUCUGGGCAUGGCUUAGUUUCUGCUUUAUUGGUGUCUCAAUGGAAGAAGAAUAGAAAAUUGAUAAACCCGGCCUUUAACCAACAAAUCCUGAAUAGUUUUAUGGUGGUAUUUGUGGAACAAGCUGAGGUCUUCGUUGACAUUUUAAAAAAAUAUGUUGGCAAAGGAGAAUGCGACAUUAUGAAGCUGGUGUCCAGGUGUACAUUAGAUAUUAUUUGCGAAACUGCCAUAGGUGUCAAAAUACAAUCACAAUCGACGAACUCAUCUAUUGCUGAAAGUGUGGAGAGAAGCAUGGAAAUUGUACUAAUCCGAAUAUUAACUAUCUAUUAUCAUAGUGAUUUGGUAUUUGACCAUUCUCCGAUAGGCAAAGAAUUCUACGACGUUUCGAAAAAACUGAGGGCGUAUACUGAAACCAUCAUUGAGCAAAAGAAAAAGCAACGAGAGAAAGAAAAACUUGAAAAUAAAGAGUUAUUUUUCGAAGAAGGGGCAAGCCUUAGAAAAAAGGUAUUUCUGGAUCUUCUAAUCGACAUCAAUGAUAAUUGCCAAACAAAAUAUGUUCAGUUCACUGACGAGGAAUUAUUGGAUGAAACUAUGACGAUUUUGAUAGCGGGAUCCGACACGACUUCCACCACUACCUGCUACGUUUUGAUGAUGCUUGCUAUACAUCAGGACAUUCAAGAGAGAGUAUUUGGAGAAAUCCUGGAAGUAGUGGGUGAUGAAGAAAGCGUUCAACUAUACCACUUACCUAACCUAAAUUACCUUGAAAGGAUUAUCAAAGAAACGUUAAGGCUAUUUCCAAUUGUGCCUUUCUUGCUUCGAAGAACUGAAGGAAACAUUGACAUUGGUGAUUAUACCAUUCAAAAGGAUUGUCCCAUUAUUAUAAAUACUUUACAUUUACAUAGAACUGAAAAAUAUUGGCCGAACUCCCUUAAAUUUGAUCCUGAUCGAUUCUUACCUGAAAGAGCGGCUAAAAUUGUACCAGGUUCAUUUAUACCAUUUUCCUAUGGACCGAGAAACUGUAUUGGAAUGAAAUUUUCCAUAAUGGAAAUGAAGACCAUUUUGACAACAGUAAUAAAACGAUACAGACUGUUAACUUCAUAUAAAAGUGUGGAGGAAAUAGAGCUGGACAGCACUCUACUUUUAAGACCCAGAGAUGGGUAUAAGUUGAGUUUUGAGUUAAGAAAUUAAUUUGUUGUCCUAGCUUGCAAUAAAUCGGCUUACC